CAAACAAGUCGAAAUAAAACGGGAAAAGAAAAGAAAAUGCUACCAGCCACAAAGAUCAGAUACAAAUAACAGCCUCCUGCUAAACUUGCAGCGAAAAAUCCUUAACGCGCCACUCCACGCGCGGCCUUUUUUUUCUUUCUCGAAUAGUCUAGAAGCAUGGAACAAUCGAAGACGGAAACCGAGCCGAAGUCCAGCUCAACGCAAUCUCCGGCUCAAGAACCGAACCCGAAAGCGGACCUGAAAGACUCGGAUCUCGCAAUGGAUGCGGAGGGCUUUGUAAUUGUGCCAACAACAGAGCCAGAGAAAAAGGAAGAGAAAGAGACUCAGAUUCCAAAUGAGAGUCAGAUUCAAAGCGAGCAAUCACCGAACCGCACAUCAUCGGGGUCGAGGAAAUCGGUUCAUUGGAGCCCCGAAUUGGUUAGCGAAUCGCCUGCGGCGGAUCACAGCGCCUCCAUGUCCGCUCCUAACGGAUCCAAUCCUUACGUUGCUCACGCUCCUGCUCCGGCAUCUUCUUCGACAUCCAUCAAAGAGAAAAUGGAUAUAAUGAAGGAUGUGUUAGGGAGAUGGGGGAGGAAGGUGGGAGAGGCAACGAGGAAGGCCGAGGAUCUGGCCGGGAACACGUGGCAGCACCUAAAAACAAGCCCGAGUUUUGCUGAGGCUGCCAUGGGAAGAAUUGCUCAGGGAACAAAGGUUUUAGCAGAAGGUGGCUAUGAGAAAAUUUUUAGACAAACUUUUGAAACAGUUCCUGAAGAGCAACUUCAAAAUUCAUUUGCAUGUUACUUAUCCACAUCAGCUGGUCCUGUCAUGGGAGUUUUAUAUGUAUCUACAGCAAAGCUUGCAUAUUGUAGUGACAGUCCACUUUCCUAUAAAAAUGGUAGCCAGACUGAAUGGAGCUACUAUAAGGUAGUUAUCCCAUUACAUCAACUUAAAGCAGUUAAUCCUUCAACAAGCAGAGUCAAUCCUGCUGAAAAGUACAUCCAAGUUAGCUCUGUUGAUAGUCAUGAAUUUUGGUUCAUGGGCUUCUUAAACUACGACGGUGCCGUUAAAUGCCUACAGGAAGCAUUUCAAGCCCAUAGCUUACAAUCUGCGUGAUACUGUUUCUAUUGGCAUAACCGUCACUUUGUUGUAUGAUGUUUUAUCGUGCAAGCAUUUACUCUGUACUACCUGGAAGCAUUUGAUAAUACAUGCUCCUUUGGAAACUCUUAAAUAUUCUAUGGAAAUCAAAAUUUAGGUAACUGUAGAGUUUUAUAUC